CCUGGAGGCUACCUUGGGCUUAUUUAGUUUGGUUUCUCCUGAUGGGUUCAUUACAUACUGGUGCUAAGAGAAAUCCACUUCAUAACAUUUGAGUGAUUUUCGUGCAUGCACGAAAGACGGCGCCUUUGUUUUGAUUGACACAAGCAUUGAGUGCCGUAUUCAAAUAGCGCUUAGUGCAAGCAUUCUGUGGAUAACCCAAAUCUACUCUUGGUUCCACAGAUCUCCAAGGAAAGUUUCAGAAGCUAAGAGGAUCAUUGAAAGAUAAAGCACUAUUGAUAUGAAAUUUCCCAUCUCAAAUUUCAUUUCCGAAUGCCAUCGUGAUUAGUAAUUUGCCACGCUUCCUCAGUUGAUAAAGCACUGCCGUUGAAGUAGAAAUAAUCUAAAUAUGGACGUCGUGCAAACGAGAUCGGAGACGGAGGACAGCGAAGAAUCAAAUUCUGAAAACCCCGAGAUGGAGUUAACAGCUCUUAACACAAUGGGGAACCGGGACGAAGAGUACUAUAGUAAACUGAAAAGCAGAGCGAGCGACCAUACAUUCAAAAUCAUGUGUGUUGGGGAUUAUACAGGCUUCGGGAAAAAAGGAGGUUUCCUAUCUGACUAUAUUCACAACAGACCAUUGAGCUUCUACCAGAAGCCUACUAUAGGGGUGGAUUUCUAUGUACACUUUAUAGAAUGGAGAGAAACAGACAAAAAGAAGGACUCCACGGUGAAAUUGCAAUUCUGGGAUGUUGCCGAGCACGAGCGCUUUCUAAAGAUGACUGCUGUGUAUUGUCGAAAUUGCUCCGGAGCGCUAGUGUUUUGGGGCCCUAAGAGCCCUUCGCGACUCAGCAGUGCGUUGAAAUGGAGCGAGAAAGUGAAAGAAGCGAACUCUGGUAGCGUGCCUAUGGUGUUAGUAGUGGAAAAUAUACCUCCCUCCAAGCGUGGGAAACCGAUGGAAUGGAUUGGGAAAGGAAAGACUGCAGAAAGCAAGGAAGUUAUGGACCGUUUUUGCGCAAAACAUGGAUUCGCCGGCUGGUUUGAAUUAAAUUCAAGAUAUGGAUUGGGAUACACAGGGGUUAUGGAACAGGCAGUAGAUUGUUUGGUGCAAGAAAUAUUCAAACGGAAGCUUAAUUCGUAAUGAGCCAAAACGACGCCAAACCAGCUUCCGGUUUGAACCAAUCGUGACUUCCGGUUUGAGCUCUUUGUUUUAAAAGUAUCCCGGACAAAUAUAACUUUAAUAUAAAAGAGAAAUAAUGUUAGGUUUUACCUAGACAACUAUUCCAAGGUUGUCAGAUUUUUUUCGUUCCUCGUCAUUACAACAUCUGGGUUAACUUUAUAACGUUCAAAAGGUUAUUGAAUGGAAUGAUUGUCUGACGGUAAUUAUGUCAAGCUCUGUGUUUCUAUUUCCUUCCGCGGAUGACGGUUCAAACCCAUGAUGCAGACAUGUCAAAAGAAUCUCAAAUACAGAAGAAUAACUUAAAACAAAAUUCUAUAAUGAAGAAAAAAAAUGAUUUAAAAAAGCUACUUCUAGCUAUAAUAUAAUGCUCAUUAAAUUACUAUUUAUUUGCUCCUCA